AAACUGACUACACAAGCCAGCGAUACAUAUGGGGGGAAAAUACUCAAACUUGGAAUCUGUAUUCAUACAUGCCAAAAGACUUCUGUGACACUUAUGGACGUUGUGGUGCAUACAGUUAUUGUGACAAUACUCAACUCCUACCUUGCCAAUGUUUGGAAGGAUUUGAGCCUAAAUCCACAAGUAAAUGGAGCUCAAUGGACUGGUCUCGAGGAUGUGUUAGAAAGAAGCCAUUGAACCGUCAGCAAGGUGAUGGAUUUAUCCAAUACCAAAAGUUAAAGCUGCCAGAUGCUGCACAAUCUUGGAUAAGCAGAAGCAUGAAUCUCAAGGAAUGCCAGACUAAAUGCUGGCAGAACUAUUCUUGUACAGCCUAUACUAGUUUUGAUAUAAACGGAGAUGGUAGUGGUUGUGCUAUUUGGUUUGGUGAUCUACUUGAUAUUAGACAGUUUCAAAUUGGUGGGCAGGAUCUAUACAUCAGAAUGUCUACUUCAGAAUCAGGGCUGUUUAUAGUCUGCUAUUUCUUCCUCAAAAGGAAGAGAAGCUUGGAAGCUGCACAAGUGGUAGCAAAGGAAAGUGAAAGGCUGCACAAAAUGGCAGCAAAUGAAGAAGGGAGAGCUGCACCAACAGCACGGAGAUAUCUGGGAGCAGAAGGCACGGUCAAGCGCAGGAGCAAGGCUCGGGUGCAAGGCAGGGGACCUGUGGCAGAGCUAGGCUGGCGCGGUGCAGAGCUGGGGAUUGAUGCAGAGGGGAGAGGAUGCAGGAGAUUGGUGCAGAGGGGGUGGAAGCUGAUUCGGUGCAGAGGGAGGUGGAACGGGUUUGGUGCACAGGGUCUGGGCUGAGCAAGGCAGGGCGUAGGUGUGGUAGGGGGAUGAUGGCUCGGUGAGAGGGGGGGGUAGGGCAUGGUGAUGGCUGGGCAUGUGGCCGCCGGCUGGUUUGGGAGGAAGCUGUUGGCUGGUUUUGGGGAGGGAAGGAAAAGGAGAAAGUCGGGUGAGGAGGAAGAAGGUUCCAGAUCCAUUUUUUUUAUUUCCUCCUUUUUUUUUUUUCCUUUUUUUUUCUUAGGUUAAAUGGGCUUGGGUUUGAGUAAUUGUGGGUUUUGGGUUUUGGGUAAUUUUUGGUUUUGGGAUUUUGGGCUUGGGUAGUUGGUAGGCUUUGGAUUUUGGUGGGUUUUGGGUAAUUGGAUUUGAGUUUGGGUUUUGGUUUGGGUUUGAUGGGUUUUGGGCUAGACUUUGCAUUUCACCCCUCCAACUUUCCAUUUCUUCAAUUGAGUUCUUUCUCUCAUCUUCUUUUCCAAUCUUCUUCAUAAAAUUUCCUUUUUUGC